GAGGGGAGGGAGGUGGGAGGUUGUUCUUAAGGAGCUUGGGAACAGCCGGAUCAAGGCAUUCCCGAAGUGUUGUCAACAUGGAUCUCAAAGUGCUGUUCCUCGGAGUCUGCUUGUGCGUCUUUGCGGUCACCUACAGCCAAGCCGGGAUCCCCAAAUGCUGUAUGUCAACAAAAGACAUCCCUAGGCGAAUCCUGCUCAAUGUUCAGAGAUGGGAGUUUCAACCGAGCACUGGAGCCUGCGACAUCCCCGCACUCAUUCUUCAUGUAAAAAACUUACAGAGGCCCAUUUGCGCUCAUCCCAAAGUGAAACGGGCUCUACUGCGAGUUCAGAGCAGGAGGAAGCGGAGCCAUCGCAAAGACAGUGACUGAAUAAGAGCCUUCAUGUUGGAGAUGUGACGUAACCUUCCAAAACAUGUCUGCAGUUACUCUACUACUGUUCUAUUCAAAAACCCUGACCUACUCUCCUCCAUCACCACAUGUGUUAGGAGAAAUAUAGCAGCUAAUGUCUGAAUUUAAGUUUUUGUUUUGUUAUUUUUGUUUAAAAUGUACCGAGUAUUACUCAACACAUCUUAUAGGCCUAUAUAAUCACAUUAAACUGGACUAAUGUUGGUGUUUGCAAGAGAU